CAGAGGACUCUGACAAGCACAGACGAUUAAGAUGGCCUGCUCUAGAAAAACAAUAGCAAGAGGCUGCUUUGGAAAAAUAUAUAAGGAGAAGUUCAAUGGCACCUGGGCAGCGAUGAAGAAAGUGCCUAUGGGCAUCAUCAGCAAGAAACAGCUUGAAGGAGAAUGCAAAGUUUAUCACAGCGCACGUCACUGCCACGUGGUUAAGCUUCUUGGAGAUCCAUGGCUGCAAGAUGGAAGGUGGCACAUUCCUCUGGAGUUCAUCAAGGGAGAGGACCUUGAGACAACCAUAUUUAAAGUACAGGAAUCUAAAGUACAGCUGACCCCAAAAGUGAAGGCCACCAUCAUCACUGGUAUGUGUGAAGGCUUGUUCCACCUGCACAGCAAAAACAUCGUCCACCAAGAUCUUAAACCUGACAACAUCAUGGUUGAGCAUGGAACCCAUCGUGCUGUGAUCAUUGAUAUGGGCCUUGCAAAAUUCUCAUUCAAUGGCUUCUCCUCCGCCCAGAACUGUGGAAAUGUUGCCUAUUCUGCGCCUGAAAUCCUGCAAGGCAACGGAGUUCGGGACAAGCGCUCGGACGUGUGGGCCAUGGGCAAAAUCAUCACCGAACUCAUCACAGGUGUCAGACAGUCAUCCAACUUGGCGUCUCCCACCAUCAGAGAGAUGCUAAAAGACAGUCCUUACUGUAACGUUGUGUCCAAGAUGGUGGCCACCAACCCUUCAGAGAGAGCCUCCAUGGCUGAAAUGAUUAUUGAAAUCCGGCAUUUAUCGGUUGGUAUACAUUUAGGCAUAGAUAUGUUGGCUAAGCCAAAGGCAGGAACAGGACAAGCUAAGCUAGGUUUGGUGGCACACGAUGGCCCCAGAAGAACAGGACCUGUUCCAGUUCCAAUUAGAGUGUUUGUCAGUGAGUUCUUCAAGGUACCCAUUCUUUGUCCCUUACCACCAAAUGGAACAGUGACCCAUCUUCAUUUUGAUGAUGAAAGCGGACAGCUGGUGAUCAAACAAAUAUUCAUGAGAAAUGGCAACAUUGUUAAGCAUGAGAACAUGAAAAUAAGGAAGUCGUGAAGACCAAGAAGCUUUUCAAUUAGAGAGGGCCACUUUUACUGUUCCUGUAUCGAUACUGAUACUGAAACCUUGAGUAUCAGCUGAUAGUGAUACUGGUCAGAUACAAACUACAACACCUGCACACGUGGAAUAGCUCGGUACUUGUUCAUGGUAAUAUCACGCUACGUGUAGCUACUGUUUUAUGUCACAAGCAUUUCUGUGCUAUUUCAGGCUAGACUGGUUACAAAAUCAGACCGUAUUCAUUCUUUUUUUCCUCCAAUAUCUGAUCUGCUGGUAUCAGAUCGAUCUGUAUUAUGAAUGAGGUAAUUAUGUCUGUAGGGUGCGGGAAGAUUUGCGAGGGCCACAGUUGUAGUCUGGAAGAGAAUGUGGCAGGUUUUUUGUGGUUUGUACUUUUUCUUGUGAGAGAGGAUUUUAGACCUUCAGACAGCUACCUGUUAAUUUAGGAUGAGUCUGGGGAAAAUUGGUGCUAUUUUCAGGUGUGCUGAAGAAAAUACGCCUGCAAUACUGGAACCAUCAUAAAGGAGUUAGACUAUAAAAUCACUGUUAAGAGAGAAAAAGAGUGUGAAGAAGAGAGAUGGUUGCAGGUGGUGGAUAUAAAAUGUUGAAGUUAACUGAAUACAGCAAUGAACCUGUGAGAGGUACGAAUGAGUAAAUAUGUUUUUCCUGUAUUUCAUUCACCUGUAAUGAAAUGUGGUGUUUCCAGAAUCUUACAUGGAAAAGAAGAUUGUAUUAUUGCUAAUAUUUAAUGUACAUAUUCUUUUUUACCGUAAAAAUUCAUGCUCUUUAACACACUGGCCUACUGUGUCAAUGCCAGGUUUUAAUUUAUUACAGAUGGUUUUGUUUUAUGUAUAUUACACAGUA